AUGUCAACUACAUUUGAAGAAAUAUUAUAUGAAGAUAAUUUCUCAUAUAAACUUUAAUAUGUUGAUACUGAUAGUUUUCUUCUAUAAACAGAAAACUAUGAACCAUAAAUUGAGUCUGAUGGAAUGCUGAUUGAAGCAGAAUUAGAUGAGGGUAUCAACUUUUAGAUUGAUUAACCUUAAAAUGUAAAUCAACCAGCAUUCCAAAAAAUACUCAAGACACCAAGCAAAUAAAUUCAAAACAAAAAAUAUAGAUUCCCUAGAGAAUCUAAAAAUUAUUUCAAAAAUAUUGGACCAAAACUUAAAGAAUUCAUUAUUGAAAAUUUUUCUCACAUACCUCAAAUAAUGAAUCAACCUCUAAUUUAAGAAUACCUGUAAAUAAAAAAUUAGAGACAUAUUAAGUUGCAUAUUUAAAAACUUUGCUAAAUAAGAGAAGGCCUAACUAUUGCUAAGUCUUUUUUCAAAAACUAUAGAUGGUCUAAGUCUCUUGUCAACGAUGAUCUCAGUAGCUAUUUUCGACUUAAUAGUGAUUGGAAUAAUUGAGU